AUGGACUAUCCACGUUAUUUGGCACUAUACUAUCUUUUGACUGAAAAUCGCUUCCCUUUGGAUUGCGACCAUGAUUACAAGAAGAAACUAAGGAAUACAGCUCGAAUGUAUUUGGCGGAAGAUGGCAAAUUGUUUAAGAAGCAGCGUGAUGGCAGUCGGGGAUUGGAAGUAUUGCAUGAGGGUAAUGCAGAUGAUGUUAUCAGGCGGGUUCACGAGGAGGGUCAUCUUGAAUCAACAACACUUGGAGGAGGUUGCGACUUCGCUAUGAAGGCUACCAACUUUUUGAACGAGUACGAGAUUGGGUGA